AUUCGGGGAUUGUCCAGUUUUAAUAUCUGUAAUUUUUAAAGUAAAAAGUCCUUUGUUGAAAAAAUUGGAUGUCAUAACGUCAUGGAGGAAGUCGAUAAUAUAAUCAUUCACACUUUACGACAGAUUGGAUGCAAUUUGAAUGAGUCAAUAUCAAGUUUGAAGGAAUUCACUACUGACAAUGUAAUUGAGGCCACAUCAAUGUGUCUACGUGUUAUCAAUGAUGCUAAUCAGUUUUCAAGAACCCUCCCGCCCAGUAUGUCAGCAAGAUUUCGUUUGGGCACAGGUUUAGCUCAAGCCUGUCAGGAUCUUGGUUUUAAUGGUGUCAUUGGGUAUCAAACAUUUCUGUAUCCUACUGAAGGAGACAUUAGAACUUUAUUUAUGUUUUUGGUUGAACGUCUGCCAAAAGAGAGUGCAGAAGCAGCAGAUGAACCAAUGGGUGGUGCAAUCCUGCUGAAUAGAAGAAUAGCAAGUGAAUUGUCUAAGAUUUUAGCUGGAACAUGGAUACCUCCGUUUUGCAAGCGUAGUGGUAUCUGUUGGAGUGGGAAGGAUGGUCAGACCUGGCAUAGAGUUGGUGUGAAAGGUGUUCAUCGUUUCCGUUCAUCUCCGCUGAAGUACCCGAAAGGACUUGGUGACCUCACACGCAAAAUUCCUAAAGAUACAAAGCAGUACUAUGAUUCCUUAGCGAUGCCUUUGAUUACCUCCCAACCUUCUGCAAAGCAAAACAUUUCUGAUUCUAUUUUGGAGGCAAACUCUCUCAAAGUUUCACGUGAUAUGGAAUGGGAAAAUGAGUGGAACCACAGUGGUCUAGCGUCACGUCUCACCCCUGAGGAGUACAAAAGACAGAAGCAGGAAAGACUUUUGAAGAAAUUAGCAAAAAAUAUUCAAGCUGAAGUUCAAAAGGCGAACGUUGAAAGUUCUAAAUUAAAUAAACAAGACUUCAAUGAUAUGAUCCGAGAAAUCUCUGCACGAAAUGUUAAUGCUGGUCAGGAAAAUGUGGGCUCAAGAUUCACACGGUCCGAGAAGCUUCAGUUUACUCAAGACGAUGAAAAGGAGUUGGCAGCCGUGGCAGCAAUAGCUGAAAAUGCCGGAUCAAAAAUUGACACUGAAGAGGAAAUUCAAGCGCGAAGAAAAGAAGAGAUUGACACUAUGCAAGGCCGUUUAACAGAGCUAACGAGUCGCCUCGAAGGAAUGGAGAUUGAUAUGAGAAAGUUUACUGCAACUAUUCAACAGGCUCACGAACAAACGGAAUUACUGCAAAGGAAAAACAAAGAAGAAGAAGAUGCUUACAAAGUGAAGAAAAGAACUGCAGAUUUACUACCUGAUGCUGCGAACAACAUCGCCAAACUGGAGACGGUCGUUGAUAACAGUUCUGCGAGAUUGUUGACCCUCGCAAAACAAUGGGAAGGACAUCGUAAACCAUUGAUCGAGCAAUAUCGAGAAGUGAAAGCCUUGAAUAGCACCAGACUGAGUGAAGCUCAGAAGAAGAUCGAACAAAUUCGUGAUCUCCGUGAGAAAAUGAAAGAGACCGUAGAGGAAGUUCGCAAUAGGGAUGAUCUUUUGAAAGACUUGGUUACUGAAUAUCAGAAUAUGGUUAAAGAUGUUAAUAGAUCUGCUUACACGAAAAGAAUCCUGGAAAUUAUUGAAAAUAUUAAGAGGCAGAAAAAUGAUAUUGACAAGAUAUUAGUAGACACUCGAAGUGUUCAAAAAGAUAUCAAUCAACUUUCUGGAAAGCUCAGUCGUACGUUUAAAGUUACAGAUGAACUCAUUUUUAAGGAUGCUAAAAAGGACGAGGCUUGCCGAAAAGCAUACCGCUACUUGGCCAGUUUGCACGAGAAUUGUGAAGAACUUGUGCAAUGUGUGGAAGAAACUGGAGUGAUUAUGAGAGAGAUCAGAGACUUAGAAGAACAGAUUGAUAUGGAACAUGAAAAAGAUACGGCAUCAAAUCUUGAGAAAAUUACCAAAGACUAUAAGAUAAUGAAAGACGAAAAUACAGUGUUAGUGAAAAAGUUGAAGUCUCAAUAGGGACAAAUAAAUAGUUACUUAAUACCUAAUAA